AUGAGUCAAGUCAUUGACGAAAAACCGACUCAAAAUAAUGAACCUUUCAUACCAAAUGAAGAGGUAGGUGAGAAUAGUGAGGAUGAUCUUAAGGAGGUUCGAUUUGAAGAUCUAUUUGGUGUUAGCGAUGACGAUGGCAAUGAAGACAUCUUCGACAUACCGACCGUUGCACUAAGAGCGCAACCAAUUAGUUUGUACAACCCACCUGUGCACAUGCAAAACAUAAGUUUGGAUGAUGCUGAACCAAUCUCCGUUUUCGGAAGUUUCAUACCAACUCACAAUGCUGACGAAAUAGAGGAGGGCAUCGAGUAUGAAAAUAAGGAAGAGUGUGUUCUGGCGUUGCAACAAUGGCAUAUAAAACGUAGUCUAGAUUUUUCUGUGGUUAAAUCUGACAAUGUACGUUUUGUCAUCAAAUGUAGAAAAUCAACAUGCAAUUUCAAAUGCAGGGUCUCUUUGCAUAAGGGCAACUCAAGGUGGAGAGUUGGUAAGUCUGGUGGGCCUGAUACGUGCACAACCACUUCCAUGUCACAAGACCAUAAAAAAAUCAAUUCAGAAAUGAUUAGUAAGAGCAUAAUGGAGCUUGUAAAUCGGGAUGCUUCUCUUAAGGUGAAGGCUAUCAUCGCUCAUGUUGCUGAGAAAUACAGGUAUAUCAUAUCCUACAAAAAGGCAUGGAUUGCAAAGUGUAAGGCAAUUGAGUCGCUGUAUGGAAAUUGGGAGACAUCUUACAAUGAUCUACCGCAGUGGAUACUGGUUGAUGGAACAUGGUUGUAUGGCAAGUACAGAGGGACUCUGUUGAUGGCUGUGGCACAAGAUGGGAACGGGAACAUAUUUCAGAUAGCGUUCGCAUUGGUUGAAAGUGAGAUAAAGGAAGCUUGGAGUUUCUUUCUUAAUAAUUUAAGAAUACACUAUCCUCCAUCAUCACACGUCUAUUGCAUUAGACACAUCGCGCAAAACUUCAUGCGUGAGAUUAAAGACAAGGAUUUGCGCAAAAUAGUUGUUAACAUUGGUUAUGCGUUAACAGAGGUGAAAUUUAACUACUAUCAGGGGGAAAUCCGAAGAACAAACAACGACGCUUUAUCAUGGAUAGACAACAUCCCUCGGGAGAAGUGGGCAAGGGAAUUUGACGGAGGGCAAUGCUGGGGUCACAUGACAACUAACCUAGCAGAAGCAAUGAACUCGGUGCUAAAAGAAACAUGA